GUUCUGUUAUUUCCUAAAUAUGUGAAUGUAUAGCUAUUAUAAAUUCUGAAAAUAAAAACAAACGUAUUAUAUGCUUUAUUCAUGCGACAAAAUCCGAGCAGGACCCUGUGUCAACGUAAAAUUUCGUGAUGGGUUCGAAAUCAAAGCAAAGGUCCCGUUCUGUGUCCAUAAGUAGGCGAAAUAGGUCCAGAGCAAGUAGGUCUAAAUCGCCAGAGAGAAGGACGAAUCGUUCUCAAUUUGCGGACCCAAAACGUCCCCCCCAGCGCCGUGGACGGUCCGACAGCCGUGAAUCCCGGAGUAGCUCUCCAGACAAACAACGGGCUAAACGUAGGAGCCCCUCAAGAUCCCGAAGUGACUCGGACAGCGUCGGGAGAAGAAUACAACGUGCUAGGAGCAAAUCUAAUGGGAAUUCGUCUAGUUCAUCAGACUCAGAUCAUCCUAAAGAGAGAGGAAGGAGAAGUGACAUGAAGAUGCGAAGCGGAACAUCUCGAGAAAGGAGGAAGGAAAGGUCACCUUCGGGCUCCCGUGAUGGAAGCAGCGAUAGAGAGCGAGGAAGACGGAGAAGCCUCAGCCGAGACAAACAGAGACUAAAGGAGCAGGAUAGAGAAAGAAAGAUGAAAUCUGAGCGAGACAAAAGGAAAAAGAGUACCGAAAGGGAGCGUGGGCGGACCGAGAAAGGUAGAAACAGUGGGAGACAUCAGUCCAGUUCAGCAGACUCCUCUGACAGCUCGGGAUCCGAUCGGCAGAGCAGGACCACCAAAGACAAGGAAGACAAGAAGAAACAGAAGGAGAUGAUGAAGGCUCUGGAGACGCCAGAAGAGAAGAGGGCCAGGAGGUUGGCCAAGAAAGAGGCCAAGGAAAAGAAGAGGAGAGAAAAGAUGGGUUGGAGUGAAGAGUACAUGGGAUACACCAAUGCGGACAACCCAUUUGGUGAUAAUAACCUACUGGGUACAUUUAAAUGGCAAAAGGCGUUGGAUAAGAAAGGGAUCGGCCACCUCGGAGAGAAAGAUCUUAAGGAGAGGAACAAACGCAUCCAGGAGGAAAAUCGCAGAGAACUCCAGAAGGUAAAGCAACUGCGUUUGGAGCGUGAGCGAGAGAAGGCGAUGCGGGAAACGGAGCUGGAGAUGCUGCAGAGAGAGAAAGAAGCGGAGCAUUUCAAGACCUGGGCUGAACAGGAGGACAACUUCCAUCUGCAUCAGGCCAAACUACGGUCUAAGAUUAGAAUCCGUGAUGGCCGUGCAAAACCCAUUGACCUCCUGGCGAAGUACAUCAGUGCAGAAGAUGACGAUCUGGCUGUUGAGAUGCAUGAACCGUAUACCUUCCUUAAUGGGCUGACAGUCACAGAUAUGGAUGAUCUUCUGGAAGAUAUUAAGGUUUAUAUGGAGUUAGAACAAGGUAAAAAUGUCGAUUUUUGGAGAGACAUGACCACCAUCACUGAGGAUGAAAUCAGCAAGCUAAGGAAACUGGAGGCCUCUGGAAAGGGACCAGGAGACCGUCGUGAUGGCAUCAACACGGCCGUGAGCACCGACGUCCAGACCGUGUUCAAAGGAAAGACAUACAGCCAGCUGCAGGCUCUCCACCUUAACAUAGAGACCAAGAUCCGGGCCGGAGGAUCCAACCUUGACAUCGGCUACUGGGAGAGUCUGCUGCAGCAGGUGCGGGUCUACAUGGCAAGAGCCAGGUUGAGAGAGCGACACCAGGAUGUGCUGCGUCAGAAGUUGUUUAAGCUGAAGCAGGAACAAGGCGUAGACAGCGAACCUUUGUUCCCCAUCAUUAAGGAGGAGCCAAUGAGCGACGACAUUGAUGACAGAGCAGAAGGGCAAUCAGAAGAGUCAACAUCAGAAAAUCCCGGCCAGUCAUCUUCUUCCUCGGCCCAAAAUGCCAGCAAGAGACCCGCAAGAGAUGACGGCCCGUCCACGUCUACGUCGGAAAGCGGCAAGCAGAAUGAGGACGGAGGAAAGAGUGGAGAAAAGAAGGAUGACGAGAAGGGCGAGGAGGUUGAGGCCGUUUUGACGGAGGAGGAUCUGAUCCAGCAGAGCCAGGCCGAGUACGAUUCAGGCCGCUACAGUCCCACGCUACUCACGUCGUCCGAGCUGCCGCUGGACACGCACACCAUCACCCCUGAGGAAGACGCACACAGGCUGCAGUUAGCGCGCAGGCAGCUGCAGGUCACAGGUGACGCCAGCGAGAGCGCGGAGGAUGCCUUCGUGCGUCGCGCCAAAGAGGGAAUGGGCAACGACGAGGCCCAGUUCAGCGUGGAGAUUCCCGUCACCGGCAAGAUGUACCUGUGGGCGGACAAAUACCGACCGAGGAAACCUCGCUUCUUCAACAGGGUCCAUACUGGUUUUGAGUGGAACAAAUACAACCAGACCCACUACGACUUUGAUAACCCUCCCCCUAAGAUCGUCCAGGGCUAUAAGUUUAAUAUUUUCUACCCGGACUUGAUAGACAAGCGCUCCACCCCUCAGUACUUCCUUGAGCCCAGUCCUGAUAACAAGGACUUUGGGAUCCUAAGAUUCCACGCCGGGCCGCCGUACGAGGACAUCGCAUUUAAGAUAGUAAACAGGGAGUGGGAGUAUUCGCACCGCCACGGUUUCCGCUGUCAGUUCGCUAAUGGGAUCUUUCAGCUGUGGUUCCACUUCAAGAGGUACCGCUACAGGAGGUGAAGCUAACUAGCGGCAUCGUAAUCAUUUUCAUGUAAUUAAGCCCUUUUCUUGGUGGUUUUGGGUCCACAACUCUGUAAAAGUGCUUAGUAAUUGAAUCUGUUAAAAAUCUAUAUUAAAGAUGUAUUCUUUUUUUUUUUUUUAC